AUGAGCCAACAUGGCUCGACUGCAGCCGGAACAUCUUUGGUCCGCGUGCCGGCCUCGGCUCCUGCUCCCGCGGGGGCCACGGGCCCUCAGCGCCUCCUCGAUUCCCCCCAAUCGCCUCCUCCAGAUUCCCUCGAGCACUAUCUCACUAUCAAUUUCUCGCACCAAUCCAGCCCGCCUCCUAACACGGUCUAUCCGCGGCUCGGUGCAGAACCACGCUCGCGACUUGUACCGCUUGAACAUCUCGUAGACAAUCUCUCGCGACCACGCUGGCCCACCCCAUUGGGCCGUUUUGGAGGCACCAUGAACCCCAAGAAUUGGAAUGACCGUGCAGACAAGGACUUGUUCUUUACCAUCUUGUCCGUCAAGAACAUUGGUGUCAUCAGCGGAGCGGAAUGGACCACCAUUGGCAACCACAUGCGAACCUUGGGCUACGGCUUCACCAAUGAGGGAUGUCGUCAACACUUUCAAGGCCUCCGCAGGUCUCAAAACAAGGCCGAGGCAAAGAGCACUGCACCAGAGAUGGCUCGUCGUGUUGACCCAACCUUGAACCCCAUCACUCGACGACCAGGUCCGGGCAGAGGCCGUCCGAGGAAGCUACCUGCUGCUGGCGCCGAAGCCGAGUCGCCCGUCGACGGAGCAAUCAGUCCUGCUUCUGCUUCUGCUCCCACUCCAGCUGCUUCUGUUGCUGCUGUUCAUGCUCCCAGCACAAUUCCUACACCCGGGACAACGCAAGAGGGGAAUACCGCAGACCAGCAGGCAGCCCAACAGCAACAGCAACAGCAGCAACAACCACCAUCACCGCCGCCACAACCUACCAAGUCAGAGUCCGUCGCUGAAACAACACCAGAAUCCACUGCGCCACCAGCAGAAGCAUUGGCGGCUGCGGCUGCGACGGAAACGACAGACGCUGCAGACGGGGCGCCGGGAGAACAGGACGGCGACGCUGAUGUAGACGGAACAGAGGAACCCCCCGUCAAGCGCCAAAGGCUAGAUACGCAGGAGCUGGAACAGGAACAGCCGCUCGACGAUGAAGCCGUGUUGGCACUGGCAGCACACAACGGCGCCGCGGGAUCUGAUUAUCCAGAAGAUUUCACACUCGUCUUCAACGCCUUCCUCGAACUUUGCCCCUUGAACGCACCAUCUGCCGCGCCUCAGCUCAUCACAACCCUUUGCUACGACACGAUGGCGCCCAACGGCCACUGGAACGACCCAAACUUCCUCCACGACCUUGUAGUUGCCUUUUACGAGGCCGGAACCGAAGCUAAUGCCAUGAACGCCGAGAUUCGCAAAGAUGUCGCGGCCCGCAUGAGGGCCCGAAAGCACGAAGUCACCUGGGAGGGCAUUCGGUGA